AUAAAUCUUUUUACCUAAUCCCACAUCUUUGGCUUUCAUAUUCACCGUUUCACCGCACCGUAAAAUAUGGACCUCCGAAAAUCAGUAGGGAAGCAAAACGAGCUCGCUCUUCGUGUGGCUAAGCACGUGAUCGCCACCACCCCCGGCGCGAAAACCUCCAACCUCGUGUUUUCUCCGGCGUCAAUCAAUGUCGUCCUCAGCUUCCUCGCCGCCAAGUCAGGCGGAUCCACCGCGGAUCAUAUCCUCUCUUUACUACAAGCUUCUUCGACCAAUGAGCUCAAUACCGUCUCCUCCAAGAUAAUAACAGACAUCCUCGCCGACAGCACCAGAAGUGGCGGUCCAACUAUCUCAACAGCUAACGGCGUCUGGACCGAGAAGACUGUCCCUGUCGAGCCUUCUUUUAGAAAUCUCAUAGAGAAUUCGUACAAGGCUGCUUUUAACCUAGUUGAUUUUCGCACAAAGGCUGAUGAAGUGGUUGAAGAAGUGAAUGAAUGGGUUAAGAAUCAGACAAGAGGACUCAUCACUGAUAUCCUAGGCUCUGUUCCUCCACAGACUGAUGUCAUAUUUGCUAAUGCUCUCUUCUUCCAUGGAAGAUGGGAUGAAGAAUUUGAUCCAUCGCUAACUAGAGACUACGGCUUUCACCGUCUUGAUGGACCUAAACUACGUGUUCCCUUCAUGACCGCAUACGACUCUUACAAACACCGUCUUGAAGUCUACCAAGGUUUCAAAGUCCUUGAGUUACCAUACAGAGGAGGAGGAAGCAACGACAAUCGUUAUUUCUCGAUGCUAAUCUGUCUCCCUGAUGAAAAGAAUGGGUUGCAUGCAAUGCUGGAGAGAGUAGCUUCUUGUCUUGGAUUCUUGAGCGGCGAAGGAGACAUUCGUGGGGAAGAUGCAGAUGUUGGAGUAGUCAAGAUUCCAAAGUUUAAGUUUGGUUUUGAUUUAGAUGUGUCGGAAGCUCUCCAGGGUUUAGGUUUGGAGACUCCCUUGGAGAAGAUUGCCCACAAGGCUUGCGUUGAGGUCGAUGAAGUGGGAACGAAAGCUGCAGCUGCUACCGCUGUACGUUGUUGUGCCGGCCUUACUAUGCCUCGGAGGAAAAAAUACGACUUCGUGGCUGAUCAUCCGUUUCUCUUCCUUGUCAAAGAAUACACAAGCGGUCUGGUUCUAUUCCUCGGUCAAGUUCUUGAUCCUUCUAUGCAUUAAAUUUGUUUCCAAAGUAUUACUCCCUCUGUUGUAUCAUUUAGAAUUUGGCACAUGGAUUAAGUCUUGAGAAUAAUGGAGUGUUUUAUGAGGACAUCUGCUUUCGGCUUACAUUGGCUUUGGUUAGAUAUGUGUUCUGUAAUAAAACUAGGGUUUAACACAAAAUAUCAACG